AUGGAUUCAUAUAGUUCAUAUCGUGACUCGGCCAGAUCCCCUAGUGACAGGGCUUGGGGUGGUCGCGAAGAAACGCGCGUAAAAGAGGAGCGCGAUAGCUUCUAUCGAAGCCGGUCCCCUGGCCACGAUCGCCCCAGACGCUCAAACCGAUCGAGAUCACCGCCGCCUGUCGAUCGUUACGAACCUAGAACGAGGGGCAGAGACGACUACGGCAGUGCGCGCGAAAGGGACCGAGACGAUCGAAGACGCGUAACUUCUCCUCCUGCAAACAUUGACCGGUAUGUGCCUGGCCAAAGUUCCGCGGAAAGCACCAUGGCACCGCUAGCCUCGAAUCCGAUUCCCGACCCGCUCAAGCUCAACUAUCAGGUUGGGUUCAGUUAUUUUGGUGAAUGGUGGAGAGCACAAGAAAAGAUCAAGGAAGAGAAGGAGCGACAACGUACGGGACGGCGACGUGAGCCUGAGAGACCUCGUGGAGCAGAGGACCGGGAGAAUGAGAAAGCCAAGAUCCAAGCGGCUUAUGACAAGUACAAGGAGGAAUUGCAGUCCAAGAUGGCACAAACCUUUGUACGCCAACAUAAAGAUGAGCAAUGGUUUCGCGAGCGUUACGUUCCGGAAGUCCGCGAUCAGUUCCGUCUGCAGCUGAAUGAGUUCCGCCGAGGUGCCUACAGCCAGUGGGAGCAGGAUAUGGAGUCUGGCACUUUUGACGAUUUUUGUCUUGAGGGUGUUUCAAAAAGCGACAACAACGGCCAGGGCGGCGUGGCGGAGAAGGAAGAGGGCGAGGCGACGGCAAACGAAUUUCUUGGAGUCGGUGACCUUGUGCCCGUCAGCGGCAGCGAGGUGCGCGACGAGGCACUUCAUCAGCCUACGCUCCUGAUCAAGACGAUUGCUCCCAGUGUGACUCGUCAGAAUCUGGAGGCAUUCUGCAAAGAACACCUCGGGGAGGAUGAGGGUGGAUUCAAAUGGCUGUCCUUGAGCGACCCCAAUCCUAGCAAGAGGUACCAUAGGAUCGGUUGGAUAAUGCUUCAUCCUGCUGCCGAGAUCCCUCCCGCUAUCGACCGCAUGGAUCCCAGUGAGGAAGAUGGUGAGAUGACGCUCAAGUCACCAGUCCCUGUUUCGACGGCCGAGAAGGCGCUGGAGGCGAUCAAUGGAAAGACUGUCAAGGACGAAUCCCGAGGGGACUUUGUGUGCCACGUCGGGGUGCAUAACCCCCCACACAACCCUCGUCGCAAGGCUCUGUGGGAUUUAUUUUCGGCACCGGAGCGCAUUGAGAAAGAUCUGGAGCUGGUCCGACGUCUCGUCAACAAGUUUGAAGAAGACUUUGGCUCCGACUUCAACGCCAUCCUCAAGAUUGAGGAGAAGGUGGAGGAGCUAUUGAACUCGGGCCGCCUGCAGCCUGUUGUGCCAUCAUCACCCGUCAAAGUCAGGAAGAACCGCACGCUUGGCCUUGACGAGGCCAUGGACGAUGGCGAACAUCCUGAGGACGGUGAGCAUGAUGAUGACGACGAGGGCAUGGUAGACGACCACGAUGAUGAAGUUGACGAUCAAAGCCUCUUGUGCAAGAAGAAGCAACUCGAUCUUCUCAUCGAGUACUUGCGCCGAGUGUUCAACUUCUGCUUUUUCUGUGUCUUCGAGAGCGACUCGGUACAUGAGCUGAUCAGGAAGUGUCCGGGCGGUCAUCUCCGCCGCCCCCGGAGCACACUCUCGGCUCAGGCCAAGGCUGUCGCACGGGCUAGCGCCGCCGGAGAGCCCUUCCCCGUCAAGAAGCGGGUCGAACAGACCGAGGGAGAAGAAGGAGAGCUCCCGAGUGAAGGGGACCGCCGGCGCCCACAAUUGACCAAGUCCGAGCAGCAGCUGCAGCGGGCUUACAACUGGGUCAAGACUUUCGAAGACAAGAUUAUGCAAAUACUAGAGCCAGAGUCAGUCGAUAUCCGCAAGGUGGGCGGGAAGCCGGUGGAAGAGGCUUUGGAUGAAGAACUCGUCAAGUAUGUCAAACAGGAGGAGCCAAACAAAUGGAGGUGCAAGGCGCCCGAUUGCACAAAGCUGUUCAAGGAGGAACAUUUCUGGAAGAAGCAUGUCGAGAAGCGCCACACUGAAUGGCUAGAGAAGCUGAAAGAAGAGAUUGAACUAAUCAACCGUUAUGUGAUGGAUCCAUCUCACAUUGCACCCUCACGAACGGAUGCAAAUUCCAAUGGCCACUUCCCUCCUGUAAACGGUCAAGCUCCAUCUGGAACACCUCGGGGUUUCAACCUUCAGAACUUCGCAAUGAAUAACAUACUUGCUAUGCCCGGGUUUGGCAUGCAAGGUGGCUUUCCACCAAACCUUUUCACCGCUGCGAUGCAGCAGCCUGUGGCGGGGUGGACUCACCAAGGUGGACCGGAUGAUCGCUCAGGCUCUGGCCCGAUCCGACGAGGAGGCGCGAUGGGAGGAAACCGCUUCAACAACGCGCGUUCCGGACCAUAUGAUCGUCGAACGAAUCCUCGAUGGGGUCAAGAUGCCAUGCCGGGCGGCGUGAUGGGUGGCGGGCGCGGCGGUCGAGGUUAUGGCGGCGGGCGGUGGGGAGAUGGUGCCGGCGGAGGAGCGGCUGUGGGUCCGCGGGAAGCUAUCCAAGGAAGAACUAUCAAGAGCUACGAGGACCUCGAUAACGUAUCUGGGGGCGGUGGUGGUGAGCUGAAUUAUUAA